GGGAAGCGAAAGUUAGCGCGGAUACGAGCUUUCAUGAUUGAUUUCGCAAGCCGAGCAAAACAGUCGCGAGGCGUUUAACUUUUUGAUAAAAGCUUUUGCUCUUGAAGUGUGCAUAUUGGAUAGUAACUCUUUCUGUUUUGAACUGGAUUUCUAAAUAUAUUGUAAAUAAAAAUGAAAUCAGUGACUACUUAUGGUUUGCUUGUUGAGUGUUUUUGGCUUGCUCUUUUUUGUGGAUCUGCUACACCUUUAUUGGCUGAUAGUGAUCAUCAUAAGUGGGACAAAUUAUACUUAGUUCAUCAUUGGCCAGUGACUGUAUGCAUGAUGAAUGACAAUGAAUGCAAAGAUCCACCAAUGUACUGGACAAUCCAUGGACUCUGGCCUGAUAAAGCUGAAGAAUGUAAUAGAAGUUGGCACUUCAACGUAUCUGAGCUUAAGGAUUUCAUGGAAGACAUGAGAGAAUAUUGGCCAGAUAUACUUCAUACAAACCAUACCCAUUUCUGGAGACAUGAAUGGGAAAAACAUGGGACAUGCGCAGCUGAAUUAGAAGCUCUUAACUCACAAAAAAAGUACUUUCAGAAGACAUUGGAAUUCUAUAGAAAAAUUAACCUUAACAGUUUUCUCUUGAAAGUUGGGAUAAAGCCAGGCCCUACUUACUAUCAGCUGGCAGCCAUCAAAGAAGCUCUUGAAAGUGUUUACAAUAUAACACCAAAGAUUCAGUGUCUUCCUCCUGAGGAGGGACGGCUACAAGUAAUGGGUCAGAUUAAAUUCUGUCUUACCAAGGAGUUUACUCUGAGAAAUUGUACAGAGCCACAAUCUGAUUUAUCUUCUGCACAUGAAGACAACUCAACAGAAGAUCUGUCAAUUUGCAAUGAUACUCUGACUUACUACCCUUCACAUAUGCAUACUUAGAAAUAUUUUGUUGCAAAUGUUGUUGAACUUUUUAAAGUUCUAGUGGGGAACAAUUAUGUACUGGAUUUAGACAGCAAAGCCAUCUCUGAAAGCUAAUAUUAAGUGCUUUCUUUUUUAUUUUGAUUAGUGACUGCUUGUUUCAGUAAAAUUGCUGUCCAUAUAUAAUUUACUUUUUCUUCAAUAAAAUUGGUUCAUUUUCCUUUU